CUCUUUUUUCCUCUUUGUCUCUUACUUUCCCUCUCCUCCUCCUCCUCUCCCCCUGUCACAGGAUGUGCCUUAUUUAAAAUUAUCACUCCAUUCUCGGAUCAUUGACGCAUAUCUCUCACAUUCUCUCCCCCCCAUACUCACUCAUUCGCUAGUUCACUUGUCAAAUACUUUGAAUACAUACCCAACUCGAAUGUCCUCUUUGCGCACCCUCUCCAGAUCACUAGUCGACUUUAAAACCAAGUACAUACUGUAUACAUCUCCACCAUUUGUAAAUAUUCAAACAUACAUACUCUUCCUUUCAUCUACCCAUAUCAGAAGUCUAUUCUGAUCAACUGCCGUCCAUAUUUUUUGAGGGAAUGGCUCCUCCAGACAAUCAACCCAAAUAUCUUGGUUGCUACAAUGAAGAUAUUCGAGACCCAGAUCUAGCAGGGGAACCACCACUAAUCAUUACCCGGGCAGAGGCAUGCAUUACUCACUGCAGUAUAGGUACUUUUGCUUAUGCUGCCAUCCGAAACAAAACCAUUUGUACUUGUGGUGAUUCUUACAACAAAUACGGAGCUGCGCCUGCUUCCGCAUGUUCUACUUCUUGUCCACAGGACCAAAGUGCAUUCGAAGAUUGCGGAGGGCCUGAGGCCAAUAGUAUCUACAACGUAGCGCCUGCUGGCCCCAAAGCACCCUUCCCUACGCCCUCUGUCCGCUCGCCUUCGGGCCAACCGACAUCACCUGAACGUCCAGAUGAUAUUGAGCUGUUAUUGCCUGAUAAUGAUCAUCAGGUGACACAUGGUUCUAGUAAAGUGGUGAUCUCAAGUGCAGUGAUUGCGGCUGCAAUUCUUGCGAUCGGCAUCAUGUCACUCGUGGUUUUCCGUAAGAGGCGGAGAAGCAGGUCAGAAAACCGCGCUUCAUUGAGACAUGCCAAAGAUAAGAUGGAUAGUAUGGGUGAUAAACGGAAACGAAGGGCGGCGUCCAAACAAGGACAUAGUUGGUUUGCAAUGAGUGGAAAGGAUAGGAGAGCAUCAGACGAUAAUCAAGGUGGCGGUAGCCACAGAGGUCGGGGCUUGACUGACAUUGAAGCCCAACUAUUUGAAGGAUUCGAAUCAUCUGCUAUCGCGGAGGAUCAUUACCAAUAUCCCCUCGAAGAAAACCGUACAGAGUGCCUGCUGAAUUUAUACGAUGAUGAAGGACGGGGGCAUCAUUAUGAUCCUCGUAUUAGACAGGAACAGGUGGAUGAUAAUGGUACCAGGACAUUGUCAUCAUCAUGUAGCUCUGGGAAGCCUCAGCAAGCAGCAUCAUUCUCAUCGGUCAAUGGCACUACUUCUACCAUCACUAUUCCUUCAUCUCCGCAGUCAAAACCAUCUAGUCUCGCAUCAAAGAUCGGGUUGAAAUUAGAGCACCUCCGAGUCAGGACAGGGCUUCUAGAGCCAACAACUUUGGAGUCUUCAUCAUCGUCCCUGCCUGUUAUACCCAUUUCACCGAUCUCACCAAUCUCACCUAUGUCCUUGAAUUCCACAAGUUCGUCCGCUGUGUCUGGAGUCAGUCAUCCAUCUACACCAAUGGUCACGACACCAUCCAUAGGAGCUCCUGAAACAGCCACUUCAUUAUCAUUGUCAUCUGCUUUACGUUCGGAAUUCGUGGGCUAUGGAAGUGAUAGUAGUAGUGACAACGAAGCACUUGCAGCAGCGUCCAUGCUUGGGCAAGUUUUAAAUGAUCAAGAAUUUACAGCUACAAAACCUGAAGUUGUCUCGACUAUGCCUUCACUUGAACGGAUACAGGCUCAUUCUACACGGGAAGUUGAUCAGAAUGAUAGCGGUAGUAACAAUGGUGCUAGGGAUGUUUUAAAGAGGCAAGCUAUAGAUCUAUAUGAUCCGCUUUCUCCAAUCUCGCCACGACCACACCCCUUCACCGCUACUGCUGGAGCUUGUACAGGAGCUUCAUCAAUCCCUACAAUAACUACUGUUACAACAACUGCUGCUGCUCCUUCUAUUGCUGUAGCAAGGGCACCUUCACCUACAGCAAUAGCCUCACUGCCUUCACCACCACCUGUAGCUAUUCCUUCAUCGUCUGCAAAUCUGAGACAUCAGAAGCAACAUCGCUCCAAUCUCAUCAAGGACUUGAUCCUCCAAGGAGAUUCCGUGCUUGAAGACAAGGAGAUGGCAUUGAUGGCGCAGUACCAGCCACAUCGCUGCUGGCAACAACAGCAGCAGCAGCAGCAAAGUAAUGGCGUCAAUCGUCAUCGUCGAGGAAGUAGCAUCAAGAUUAUAACUGACAACGUAAAACCAAAUUCGCCUAUCCUUGAGGAUGAUUUGCCAGAUGAUCAAUUCCCAUCUUCAAUUGCCUUUUCUGGAUCUGGAUCUAUUACGACAACACUAGCAGCGUCUAUGCCAUUGUCUGCUGCUACUACUAAGCAUCAACAUCAGCAUCAACAGCACAAGACGGAUAUACCCCCUAUUGAUACCAACUAUUUGGCACCACCACCUCGCAUCUUGAUCCACAAGCCAUUGUAAUAUAUUUCUUCUUUCACUCACACAUUUCAAACCAAGACUCUUUACUUUGCUUGUUUAUGAUAUUCCAAAAAAGAUCAUUGUAUCCUUUGUAUUAAAAAAGUAAGAAGGCUGAUGUUAUCUUUUACUUUGAUAUAAAAGGGCAUCAAAAUUUCUGACACGACUACUCUUGAAACCUUCCCAU